UCCGCCGAAGAAGACUCAGCACCGGAAGUGAGGCUAAACUUUGCUCCACACAGCGGAAAACAGCUGUUGUUUAGUAACAGGGAAAGAUAGGAUGCCUGGGCAGAAAAGAAAGAUGUCUUCUUCUGAACCUGAUGUAAAGAAGACAAAGAUGGAUCAGAGUCUCGUGGAGUCAGAUAAAUCUCAGAUGCCCAAGAAGUCUUUGAGAGGAAGACCCAAAAAAAAUAAAGGGUUGGAAAUUCAGUCGAACCAUCAGACACAAUCGAGGGAAGAAAACGGAAAACCUGUUCGGCGGUCCUCUCGCUUGAAAACACCACAAAAGAAGGGAGCGAGAGGAAGACGACGGAAAGAUGGGGUGAAGCCGAAAGUCUCCGGAGAUAAACCCUCUCAGAAUAUGUCUCUCCUGAAAAAAGGAGACAAGAAAUAUGUUCCAAGAGUAAAGAAAGAAAAGCCCUCCAUCUCCGAAACGAUCAAAACAGUAGCAGCCUUGUUCCCUGUGCAAAUAGAGCACAAUUAUGGGCGAUUGCUUGACUUCCAAAAUGAGGAGAUCACGCUACCCAAACCUGACAAAAUCCACGUGGCCAAUAUAAUUGAUCUGGAAUCGAUUCACGACCCGCGAGCAAGCAAAGUAGAAGAGCAUAAAGAGCUGCCAAAAGACUCUAUUGAGCAAAUUACAGUCAGUGUGGAUGCAAAAGUGGAUGUGAUGAGCAAAUCCCCCCCACCUCUAGAGGCUCUUUUCAAAGUCAUCCAAGAAACCAGCAUCACUAAACACUCGUACGCUGGUAAAGACAUUUCUGACAUGGAUGAGUUAGAGGUGGUGAACACGUGUUCCCUGCAGGACAAUGUACAAAGUGCCGACAUGGCGAAAGUGUUUCUCCCAGAUUCAGAAGCAUUUCUGGAUGAUGACAUUGAGAUUGAACAUUGCGUUGUAGAGAUCGAAACCUAUGAGGAUUUGGAUGACAUCAGUCAGCAGUCAUCUCAAAGCUCUGAGGAAGAAACGGCGAAAAAGCAAACGAGCGAAGCUGUGAGGUGUAACGUCACCUCUUCGCCCUCUUUGCCCCAGGAAAGUGUGACGGACUCCUCGCAAGGGGUUCAGAAAAAGCAAGCAAUGAACCCUCAGGCUCGGACGAAGGCACGCCUUGCAGCUUUGGCCGAGGAAAGGGCGGCUGCCGCCAAGAAACCCCCACCGCGACAGCUUAACCUCCUGGCUCUCUGUGAGGAAAUCGCAGAUGAUAUCGCCUCCGAUGCUCCGGGAGCUUCAGAUGAGAAAGAUAUUGAGGAACAAAAAGAGGAGAGUGAAUCUAUGGAGGUAAGCGAAACGGAGGAAAUGGCUUCUGACAACACCGUUCCCGCCGAAACCCCCAACGAGGAGUCCGCUGAUCCCAUGCCCGAGGAUAGCACGCCCAAGAAACGUUUUUUCCUCAGCCAGGUGUGUCUUCCGCUUAAGACCCAGGAGAAGAAGAAGCUGUCCCGUUAUCAGAGGCUCAGGCAGGUGGAGCUUCAGCGGGAUAAGUUGACCUGGACCCGUGUUAAGAAGCUGAAGUCGGAUCAAGCGAGUCAGGCUGCUUCUCCCAUAAAGGACGACGCUCCAUCGAUCUCGCCCAGCCCGGCCACCACCCCUGCACAGGUUCCUGUGCCAGAAAGCGUGCCAAAAGUGGGCUCGAUUGAACCCAGACGAGCACUUCCAGCUCAGGCACCGCCCAUGCCUAAUGGAAUCACCAGCCCGAAACCCAAUCCAGUGAUGGAGUACAAACCCUACACUCCCAGACGCAAGUAUUCACCAGAUGACUUUGAACUUGACGGUCUUGAAGAUGAGACGACCAAACCAGCUGCCAAAAAUGAGUUCUCACAGGUCAAACCAGAGCAGUCCUCUUCAUCAGCUCCAGUGCAGCCCAAACCACCAGUGGAGAAGAAGCCAUGUACGCCCACUCCUGCAGAUAGUAAGCCGAAACCCUCUCCCCAGCAAGAACCUGUCCAAGACACGCAAUCAGAAAACAGCAACAGGGCAAAUUCUGGUGAUGAACCUGAAGCAGAACAGAAGAAAGAAAUCAGAGACAGUCCCAAACCUGCAAAUACAGCAACACAGUCCAGCAAUGAUGCUGGUCAGAAGGCUUUUGGUGCGGUGACGUGUAAUGUGUGUGGGAUGCUGUACUCCCCUUCGAGCCCAGAGGACGAAUCCCAACACCUCCUCUUCCACAACCAGUUCAUCAGUGCUGUCAAAUACGUGGGCUGGAAGAAAGAGAGAAUCCUGGGAGAGUAUCCUGAUGGCAAGAUUAUUCUUGUUCUCCCUGAGGAUCCGAAGUACGCAUUGAAAAAGGUUGAAGAGAUCAGAGAAAUGGUGGACAAUGACUUGGGCUUCCAGCAAGUGGAGACCCAGGUCCCAUCACAGACCAAAACCUUUCUCUUCAUUUCAAAUGAUAAGAAAGUCGCAGGCUGUCUUAUUGCAGAGCACAUCCAAGAGGGAUACAGGGUUAUAGAGGAGACCGUUCCGGAAGGUUCAGAAGGAGAGAAGGUCAUGUACGAGCGUCAGAGAGCCUGGUGCUGCUCUACCGUACCUGAGCCGGCACUCUGUGGCAUCAGUCGCAUUUGGGUGUUCAGCAUGAUGAGACGGAGAGGCAUCGCCUCACGGAUGAUCGAGUGCCUCAGGAAUAAUUUCAUCUAUGGGUCUCAUCUAAGUAAAGAUGAAAUCGCCUUUUCCGAUCCCACGCCUGACGGCAAACUCUUCGCAACACAUUACUGUGGAACCACUCAGUUUUUGGUCUACAACUUUGUAAGCAGCAAUCGCUCAACCUGACAGGAUGAGGACAAAGCAACAGAGCUCAGUUUUAACUGGACUUAAAAGACUUUAUUUCACUAUACCAAACAGUGCAAAAAUGAGGGAACACUAUGGUGAGAGACAGAAACAGACUUUUGUUGAGAGUCUUGGUUUAUAUUGGCAAAAAUUGGCCUAGUCUCCUCACAGGAGGUGUAGGGUGUAAUGUUAGACACUGAUAUCUAACCCUCACGGCCAGGUGACGUAUUUUAAUAAGUCUGCACAGUAGCUUAUACCUGAUGAAUUGUUUAAUGAAAGACAUCUAAACCGUUCUCUCAGGUUUAGGUUGCAGCCUAUCUUAGGACUCACCGUUUAGUGAAGCCAUGUAGUCCAGUGCACAAUUGCAAAAUCAGUUUAAGUACUUCUUCCUAGAACAGUAAGGAAGACGUGUGAACUUUUCUACUGUAAGCAAUGCCUCGGUCAUGAGGCGACGAUUUUUGAAUCUCAGGUUGAAAAACAUCAUGAAUUUGUCAUCGAAAUCUCCCUUGAACCCUUACAUCAUGUCAGCUAUUUUUAAAGAGAGCAUAUUUUCCUGAUACAAUGUGUUCCAUGUGCAUUUUAAAGAGGUUUACAUGCAUGGCAUUGACAUCGAUAGAUGGCAGAUGAUUGCAUAGAAGUCGCUGGUUUUGCACAAACACUGUGCAGAAUGAAUUUGAUUCAUUUGUUUCUAAAACACAAGUGUAAUAAUUCAGAAUGUUUGCCCGAUCAUAGUAUUCCAUCUCAUUUUAAUAUUUUUAGAAUGAUUUUAUGUAUGUAUAUGUAUUUUGAUUGAAUUAUAUUAAUUUACCCCUGGAAA